AUGCCACUCUCCGCCAUGAAAACCGAUCUUCGUGACUUUGCCGAUCGACAAGGCUCGAGCGGCCCCAACGCCGACAAUCUCGAGCUUGAUGCCUUGAUCGUCGGGGCUGGGUUCAGUGGCAUCUACUUCCUACACGAGCUUCGCAAGCUCGGUCUCAAGGCGGUCAUCUUCGAAGCUGGCCAUGAUAUCGGCGGCACGUGGCGCUGGAAUUGCUAUCCUGGUGCGAGAGUCGACUCCGAAGUCCCUGAAUACCAGUUCUCGAUCCCCGAAACCUGGGAAAACUGGACUUGGUCCACGAACUAUCCGGCGUACGAUGAGAUCCGCGCGUACUUUGACCAUGUCGAGCGUGUCCUGGAUAUCAAACGGGAUUGUUCCUUCGGCACCUUCGUCAAUGGUGCUAAUUUCGACACGUCCUCAGGGCGAUGGCAUAUCACCACAACCGAUGGCCGACAGGCCUCGGCAAAAUACUUGAUUGUGGGCACUGGCUUCGCGGCCAAGCGGCAUAUCCCAGACUGGCCGGGAAUCGAAUCAUUCCGAGGCGUGAUACAUCAUUCUGCCUUCUGGCCUGAAGAGGGCGUCGACCUGACGGGCAAGCGCGUUGGCGUGAUAGGUACCGGCGCAUCCGGUGUCCAGCUAACGCAGGCUCUUGGUCCCGUUGCUGGCUCGCUCAAGGUCUUUCAGCGAACGCCGAACUUGGCUGUUCCCAUGCGGCUGCGGGAGUUGACUGUUAAGGAGCAGGAGCAGCUGAAGCCCAUCUAUCCGGAGUUGUUCUCGCUCCGCGAAAAGGCCUUCGGAGGGUUUUUCUACACAUUCAGUGAACGAGGUACUUUUGAAGACAAUGAAGAAGAGCGCGAAGCCUUCCUCGAACGGCUCUGGCAACCCGGUGGCUUCCGGCUGUGGGUGGCCAACUACAAGGAUAGCCUGCAUGAUGCAAAGGCCAAUCGCGUGGUCUACGAUUUCUGGGCUCGUCGAGUACGCCCACGCAUUGAAGACCCCAUUACUCGAGAUCUUCUCGCUCCCCUCGAGCCUCCCCAUCCUUGGGGUGUGAAGCGACCAAGCAUGGAAGUUGAUUACUUUGAGCAGUUCAAUCGGCCGACGGUCGAGCUGGUCGACAUCCGAAACAAUGCCAUCGAUCGCAUCACCGAGACCGGGCUUCAACUGGCCGACGGCACCCACUAUGAGCUGGAUGCAAUUUGCAUCGCCACCGGGUUCGACGUAUCCACCGGCGCUCUUGUGAACAUGGGUCUCCGCAGCAUCGAGGGCACAGAACUUAAAGACGAAUGGGCCACGUCAGUCCACACAUACCUUGGGCUGGCGAUCAGUGGGUAUCCAAACCUCUUUACGACGUACGGACCCCAUGCCCCGACAGCUCUCAGCAACGGACCGACGUGCAUCGAGGUGCAGGGUCGGUGGGUCGUCGACGCAAUUAAGCAGAUGGAGCGUCAGGGCAUCAAAUCGGUCAACGCAACUAGAGCUGCUGCGCAUGCGUGGAAGCAUCGCAUUGACGAGUUGUCCAAUGCGACGCUUUUUCCAACGACAAAGUCAACGUAUAUGGGUGGAACGCUCCCCGGCAAGCCCUUUGAGCAGCUGAACUGGACCGCUGGGGUUCCAGCUUAUCAUGCAGAGAUCCGUGCUGUUCUACCGUCCUUUAAAGGGUUUAAUGUGGAAAUGGAUUCUCAUUCCGAUUCAUCUCCCGUUCUUGCACGAUUUUAGUAUAUCGGUCGUAUUGCAUGCAAACAAUUAGGAAAAUGGCUUGUUUUGAAGUCAGCCUACUUGACAAAUCGCUUCAUGAUAGUUUUCUCGAGCCCCGCAAUUCGCAUCUGCCUUCACCAUCUGCGUAAAAAGCCCAUUUCUUGCCAUUAACGUCGCUGGAGGUCCGAAUUCUACUACUUCUCCAUUAUCCAACACUAGCACCUUAUCGAAAUCAGCUAUCGUUUGGAUGCGAUGCGCGAUCACCAACAACGUAGUUCCUUGGCAAUUUGCACGAAUAGAUUGCUGGAUAAGCUCAUCCGUAUCUCUGUCCACGGCCGAGGUCGCUUCAU